ACUUGUGGUCUAAGCUACUAACUGAGAACAUCGAUUCUCUCCACAGGCUUAGGGGAAAGUCCCCGGACACUAAGCAGAAAUGCUCUGCCUAAAACGCAGAAGGGCCUAUCCGGUGGUGCGCGGAAGAGCUGCCGAGACGUCUAUGCAAAGCUGACCGAGCAGAGCGCAGCCGGAUACCUUGGUCACAGUUAGAGAAAUACAGGUAGGGAGUGAAAUACUCUACCAGAACGGGGCUCAGUCUCAGGAUGUGCACAUUUUAAGAAAUGUUCUAAACAACCUGGAAUCGCCUACGUUUUGUAUCUUUCUUUUCUCGUUUCUGUGGAAGGUUUGUCGUAACUAAUACUGAGUAACAGGUCUAAGUUUUUGUAGUUUCAAUUAGUUGGCUUUUGUCGAAAACGCAGUCCAGUAUUUUGGAGCCCCUUUCCCCUUUAGCAAUUUUCAGAAAACUAAAUUCAGGAAGUUGUGGAGUAAAGGAACUGAGUCGGCGCUAGUGGCCCGAUAGACAGAGCAUUACACUGACUAUUCUGAGCAGCCAAUCCCAGCAUAGUAUUCGAGAUAUUAACCAAUCGCAGUGAGGGAUUUUGGUUACUUCUAGCCAAUCGCAGCGCAGAAUAUGAGCCACUAUGCAAUCAGAGCGCUCGGAAGGCGGGACUUUCUGAAAACGGGUGAGGUAAAAAAUAAGGCGGGCGCGCCAUUCACUGCUUUUACUUUGAAUGGCUGGUCAUGCGCAUGCGCAUCUAUAUCAGUUUUGUUUUAAGGGAGUUCAUGGCAGACGGAGGCUGAAUUUACUCGCUUUAAAAUUCAGACCGUAUGCAUCAAAGCAACUUCGUACUUUUUCUACACUUAAUCAUCGUCUAGCUGCGUUUUGCAUGCAUUAUAAUCACGAUGUUAGGGCAUUAUGCAAACGUGGAAAAGGCACAGCUUGUCAGCUACGUGGAGGACUAUUUGGAGUGUGUGGAGUCGCUUCCCCUGGACAUUCAAAGAAACGUUUCGUUGUUGAGAGAAAUCGACACCAAAUAUCAAGAAAUCCUACAGGAAGUGGAUGAUGUUUAUGAGAAGUAUAAGAAGGAGUCAGAUGGAGCUCAGAGGAAGCGUCUGCAGAUGCAACUCCAGCGUGCGCUCAUCAGCAGCCAGGAGCUGGGUGAUGAGAAGAUCCAUGUGGUCACUCAGAUGAUGGAGUUGGUGGAGAACCGCUCGAGACAGAUGGAAGCCCACUCACCCUGCUUCUUGGAGCCAGGAGACACUGAGCGAUCAGCCGAAAAGGUUCGUCACGACACAGGAACUAGUUCUGCUAAUGUUGUGCCUGAGCGCUCGUCGUCCCGCCGGCCACGGCGACACAGGAACAGCGAGAGCCGUGAUUCUUGUCUUGGACCCAAUGGGGUGUUAGAGGACUUAUGUGACGAACCAGCACAGCAGCCCCGUGAGAAGAAGUCUAAAUCAGCCAAGAAGAAGAAGCGGUCCAAAGCAAAGCAGGAGCGUGAGGCAUCGCCAGUGGAGUUCACCAUCGACCCCAAUGAGCCCACCUACUGCCUCUGCGAGCAGGUGUCCUAUGGAGAAAUGAUCGGCUGUGACAAUGAGCAGUGCCCUAUUGAGUGGUUCCACUUCUCCUGCGUUGGACUCACCUACAAACCCAAGGGAAAAUGGUAUUGUCCCAAGUGCAGGGGUGACAGUGAAAAGACUAUGGACAAAAGUACAGAGCGGCCCAAGAAGGACCGGAGGUCCAGGUAGUGCCUCAGAGUAGGAUUGUACCCAUUGAUAUAUUAAGCCUAUAAGAAUUACCCUGGUACAAACAGAGGCUGCACAAUAUGGAUAAAAUAACGUAUUGUCAUUUAUUGCGAUUGCAGUGUGCAUUGGGAUAUAUUGAAUCAGUCAGUAAAACCUUAAUAAAUCACGCAAGUAAUUGGUGAUUCCUUGAUGCGACACAAUGUAUUAAUCUGACAAAUUAUUUGUGCUUGUUGAAUUGUAAGAGCGUCUUGAUUCAUUAAUACUCGCAGGUUGUCCUGAGAUUUGGUUAGGAUACUCAGAGAACACAGGUCUCUUUUGGAGGCUAUAUCAUAUACCAGUAUGGUGAUGAUUUUUAAAUAACAAAAUAUUGUGCAGCCCCUUAUUACAAACCCUGCUGUGUCUUGCAGGCUUUCACUUGAUGGAUUCAGUCUCACUAGCAGGGAGACAUUUGUGCAAGCAGGCACAGCUCUUGUCAAUAUCAAGAAUUUAGGAGUUUGUUGUGAUUUCAUUUAGACUUCCUUGCCGUGUAUUUGCACUUAUUUAUUGUCAGCUGUCCCUUUAGCCAAGGGUACUGAACAGUAUAUAAAUCUGGUUGUUUAAAGGACUCCUACUUGAUGUGUCAGUGCUCUGCCCACAAAUGUAUUCUUUCUUGUCAGAUUUGACCAGUCUUCUAGAAGGUUGGAUAAAUCUCAGUCUAAUAAAUUUAGCUACACUGCAGAGCCACACUGUCGUUGUAGUUAACUGAAACUAGGCAUCCUGAAAACGACUUUGCCCUCAUGCUGGUUAGUUAAAAGUACAUACGAUUGUUCUUUACAGUGUGAUCUAUCACACUUUUGAAAUUAAUAAUGCACUCUUAAUUUUUGUAUUUUGACAACAAAUGGGUUAUGUGCUACAGUCUCUUAUUAGUUUGAAUAGGACCUUUAUCAGCAUUCCAUGAAGUCCAACCUGGCAACAGUUGCUAUGAAAGCACUUUGUGGACAGAGCAUGGACAUGUCAAUUUGUGUAAAGCCGGAGUGAAUCUGUGGAGCAACAAAGUGAAAGUUUGUGAGAUAUGGGUUUGUUUUUCCAGGCUUUAGAUGAUUGGGCUGUGUGCAGGAUGGUUGACUAGAUUUUAGUAAAAUUACUGCUUCAAAGUUUCUCCUGAUGCACUAAGCCCAAAUGUGAUUCAUCCAGGUGCUGUUCUUGCUUAAAAAAGAAAGGAGAAAAAAACAACUUCACGGUGAAUGAUUCUGAUGGCUCAUGCACCUUGAAAAGACUUGUGGUCAGAAUACUGCCAUCAAUGUUUGUAAGAUAUUGGAAAAAAUAUUUUUCAAACUUUAUUUUUUCAUUUUAUUGUAUGUUGUGUUGCGGAAUAAAUGUAGACACAAGUCAUUGGACAUAGAAAAGAAAAAUUACAGGAGAGCAUAACAGGUGCAUGAUUAAAAUGCAUAGUGUUUGAUGAUUAAUAUCUACAUUGUUUUUCUAUUUUAAUUGCAUUUCACCUGUUAACAUGAAUAAGGAAACCAUUUUCCAAAUGUCUUCCAGUGAGAGAAUGAUUUGUUUGGUUUAUUGUGUCUGGUGUUGUGUGGGUUUUUUUGUUUGUUUGUUUGUUUUUUUUGUGUGUCACAUAUUUAAAUAAACCUGUGCCUGUGUCUCUACCUAACUUUUGUUAGAUGUAUUUAUGAAUAAGAUUAUUACAUGAUGAAGUAGUUCAUAGUGCAGAAUAAGGAUGUCCCAGUUGGGAUUGGAUUUGAGGUAUGUGUUUUUAAUGCAGGGUAUCAUCUAUAUUAAGCCCGUUCCACAUGCACUCUUUGGUUCCAUAGGUGCCAUAAACAUUAUCCACAACCAAUCCAUUUACUUUACUGCUGAGUAUUGGCUAAUAGUGUCCAGAACAGAGUACUUUAACAAAGUAAAUGUCUGCAGUGUUGAACUAAUUUAGUGUCACCAGACGUGAAUGCACUCCCCCAGUUCAAAUUUAAUUAAUAAAUAUGCCGAAUUUCUAAUCAAAAAAACAAAUGUAGUUUGCAUUGGCCAUAUUAAUCGGCAUAAAGUUCAGUUCGGCUCAACUUCAGAGAUUAGAUCAUUUCAUUUGUACAAAAGCAGUAUAAACCAGAACAGUUGUCAGAUAACAAACUGCAUAAACAAAAGAUGUCCUAACAUUUUUAAUCAACAAAGUUUUAACAAAAAAAAAGCCAAGGGAAAGAGCACGUUUUUACAAAAACAACUUAAAUAAGGUGCAUAUAUUGUUUUGAUGGCUUGUUUUUGUUUUUGGAGAGGGUAAUAGAAGUUAUAUGUUGUUUAGCUUCUGUUUCAAAUUUGAGAAAAUCUGGUUUGGAGUGAAUACAUUUAUGUAUAUGAAAUUUUGCCAAAAUAGUGAUCAAAUUAAUAAUAUAAUAUUCUUUGACUUUAUUCUUUUUAUAAUGACUGAAGCCAAACAACAACAAAGAGCGAUUAAAAUCAGGGUCAAUACAAUCCAUGUUAAAUCUAUACUUCCAGAGAUUUUUAUUUGUGUGGGAGCAGUGCCAGAACAGGUGUAGAAGAGUUUCUGGAUUUACAUCACAUUAAGAACAGUUGAGAUUGAUAUCCUUUUUAAAUUUAAUAAGAAAUUGGUUACCUAGACAGCAUCUAUGUAUAAUUUUGGAAGAGAUCUCUUUUAUUUUAUUAGUUAACAGAUAUUUAGAAGGUAAAGUUAAAAUAUAUUUUUAAGAAUCAAUAGAAUUCCAGUAUGGAAUAGAUAUGUCUUUGAAACAGCCUUCAAAUAUCCCUGUUUUUUUUUUUUUUUAAACCAACAAAAGUAUCCUUUGGAUACUUUUUCAGAACUGGCUGGUUUGUGGAACCCUCUUUAAUUGCUUCUUUAAAGAGCAUAGUAAUACCUGAAGGAAUUGCAUCCAUAAGCACUGCAUAUUCUUUAGGAGUUAUAGUUACUGUAUCUUAUACUUGGAGUAAAAUUCUGUAUAACUAAGCAAUAAUCCUCUUUCAUUAAAUAAAAUUCUAACCAACAAAA